GUAAUUUUCUAAGAUGGCGACGAAAAAAACGCGUCUUGUGUGAAUGUAAUCAUAACAAAUUGUGAUUUUUAUUAAUAAAUGUGUUUAAAAUUGCAAAAAAACAGUGUAAUAACAUUAUUAACAUUGAAGUGUAUAAAAUACAUAUAAAAUUUUGUAUGAAAAUAAAGUGAAAAUGGCUACAAAUAUGUAUCGUGUCGGAGACUAUGUCUAUGUAGAGACAUCUCCGAAUAGCCCAUAUCUAAUACGUCGCAUUGAAGAAUUGAAUAAAAGUCAAAGUGGUAGUGUUGAAGCUAAAGUAAUGUGCUUCUAUAGAAGAAGAGAUCUUCCAAAUACCUUGGUUCAAUUAGCUGAUAAACAUCAACUGGCUACAGCUGAAGACUCACCACUGGCAAUGAAGCUGAAGAAAACAUGGCUUAGAACACCAGUAGGAGAAGAACAAGCGGCACAAGCUGUUCUUGAUCCUUCGAUAGCUGCCCUAGAUGAAGAACGUACAAGUCCUGUUUCUGCUGCCGGUGAUAAAGUAACAACGGGCCAUAAUGCUUCGUCAGGAACAUCGGAAAAAGGUGAACCCUUAACGGCUAAACAACGUUAUCAAAUCAAACAUCGUGAAUUGUUUUUGUCACGACAAGUUGAAUCUUUACCCGCCACACAAAUAAGAGGCAAAUGUUCGGUGACACUGCUUAAUGAAACGGAAUCACUGCAAAGUUAUUUAAAUAAAGACGAUACAUUUUUCUAUUGUUUGGUCUUUGACCCCACUCAAAAAACUCUUUUGGCUGAUAAAGGUGAAAUUCGUGUUGGUAGUCGUUAUCAAAGUGAAAUUCCCGCUAAGCUUAAAGACAUUACCACCGAUGAACGCAAAUUAGAAGAAUUAGAAACUUUAGUAUGGACUCCAAGUCAUGUAUUAACAGAUCGAAAAAUUGAUCAGUUUUUGGUUGUAUCGCGUUCCAUUGGAACAUUUGCACGAGCUUUGGAUUGUAGUAGUUCGGUUAAACAGCCUUCAUUACACAUGUCAGCGGCAGCAGCAAGUCGCGAUAUUACUCUGUUUCAUGCCAUGGACACAUUGCACAAACAUAAUUAUUCCAUUGAAGAGGCAAUGUGUUCUUUAGUUCCUUCCACUGGUCCAGUUUUAUGUCGUGAUGAAAUCGAAGAUUGGAGUGCUUCAGAAGCAAAUCUAUUUGAAGAAGCAUUAGAUAAAUAUGGCAAAGAUUUCAAUGAUAUACGACAAGAUUUCCUGCCUUGGAAGACAUUAAAACAAAUUAUUGAAUAUUAUUACAUGUGGAAAACGACAGAUCGUUAUGUCCAACAAAAACGCGUUAAGGCUGUGGAAGCGGAACUAAAGUUGAAACAAGUAUAUAUACCGCAAUAUAAUGCUACUACUACAACAAAGGGUAAUAGUGGUGGUGUUGGAGCAACAACAGUAACAAAAGCUGGUGUUUUCAAUGGCACAACAAAUGGUGGUCCGGAUGUCUCAAAUAUGGGCAAACCUUGUGAAUCUUGCUCAAAUGUUAAAUCAUCACAAUGGUAUCCUUGGAAUAGUGGCAAUGUGCUCACUCGUCUAUGUCAAACGUGUUGGGAUUAUUGGAAAAAGUAUGGUGGUCUUAAAAGUAAAAAUGAUGGCAGUAUAGAAGAUAGUAAGAAGAAAGUGAUUGCCGACGAAGAGGAAAAAGUUAGUGAUUUAUCAAAUCGUUCAUUGCAUAAGAGGCAAUUUUAUAGGUGUUCAAUUGUUAAUUGUGGCAAAGAAUUUAAACUAAAAACGCAUCUUGCUCGUCAUUAUGCCCAAGCUCAUGGCAUAGCAAUUAGUUCCAGUUCGCCCAGACCGAUAAUGAAGACACGCACGGCUUUCUAUUUGCACACGAAUCCAAUGACCCGACUGGCGCGCAUUAUUUGCAGGAAUAUAAUAAAACCGAAAAAAGCUGCCCGACAGAGUUCAUAUGCAAUAAAUACACAGCUGGUGAAGCAAGAAUUUACAACUCGUAUGUCUGGAAAAUCAGCUACAGAUAUAAAGAAUAUUUUGUUGCUGAAAAAGAAGGAUCGUGGUAGUGUUACUAAGAUAGCUAAUCGUUUGGGAUCACCUGGUAUUGGACCACAUGAGUGGUUAGUGUUGACUCCAAAAGAUAAAAUGCCAAAACCAGAUGUGGUUUACUUCCCAAAACCACCAAAAGGUCCAGACGGCAGUCUACUAUACGAUCGUAUACCCAAUAAGAUUAUUGAUCUGGAAAAAGAUAUAACAAUUAUACCAACACCAGCUCCCUCUGUAAUGCGUAAAAGACCUCACGAAGAAACACAGCUAAAUGGAACAGAAGUGACCAUCGUACCGGCUGGACCACCUACUAAGAGACCCAACAAAGAUCCUAUGCCCUCACAUUGUCCGAGCCCCGAACAAUUUGCUGCUAUGAUGGCUGCCUCGGGUCAACCAUUAUCAAGACAUCAUCUUAAUGGAAAACCGAAAAUUGCUCAAAUGGCGCGUACAGGUAAUGGUCGCAAACAGGUUAUUAGUUGGAUGGAUGCGCCAGAUGAUGUUUACUUUAGAGCAACAAAUGCCAGCAAAAAAGCGCGUAAAUUUUUAUCACCUACAGAUCUAAGAAGGGCAGCCCGUAAACCCUGGCGUAAUAUUCCUAUAGCAGCAGCUGUAAAACCCCAUAUAGCUAGCAGAGCUAUUAAGUCAGAGGUUGUUAUAUUAGACUGACCGUCAUCAGCGGCAUCUUUAACAUCAACCACAUCAUCGUCAUCAUCAUUGAUUGAACAACCACAAAUUAAUAAGCAUUAUCGCCAACAACUUCCAACUAUACAACAACAACUUAAAAAACAGCAACCAUUUCGUUACACCAUGGAUGCUCUGUUGAACUAAAUAUAAUUUAAAGGUUCAAAACGAUGAAAUGUGGAAGAAUUAUAGAUAAUUGCUUUAUUAUUUCUUUUCUUAUUCUUGUAUAUAAAUUAAUUAUUAAUUGCAACAACUGAAGGAUAACAGGUUGAUUGUUUAAAUAUGAGCUAUAUAUAUACAUACAUUAUACCAGAUAUACAUAGGAGUAUAUUUCCAAGAAAUUGAAGUGAAAAAGUAUGAAUUUUAAGGACAACGACGAAUAUAAUUAUAUUAUAUAUACAUACAUAUAUAAAAUGAAACAAAACUCUAUCUUAAAUCCAAAUUACCCCAUUUCUACUUGACUAUUUUUGAUUGAUUUUGUUUUUUUGUUUCUUAAGCCUUAAAACAAACAUAAAUAUUCUUUAAGUUGGAUACAGUUCUUAACCUCCUCCCUUAAUUCAAAACAACAUCUAAACUAAGUUUAAUCCAGGAAAAAAUGACAACGGGAGAAGGAAUAAAUAUAUUGUUUAUAUUUAUUGUUAUAAAAUAUAUUUUUUUUUUAUUUGAAUAAUUUAAGGUUUUAGCUUAAAUACAUAAGAUUUCUUAAUUCUGGCCAGGUUUUAUAAUAUGAAAUACUACUAUAUAUUUAUUUAAUGCUAUUUAGUUUUUUACAGCUUGUGUUCAAUGUUUGUUUAAAUAACUAAUAGAUAAUAAAUACAUAUGUAGGUAGAUAAGUGGCAGUAUUUAUAAAAUAAUUCUAAAAUUGUUAUAAAUGUUAAUUACAUUUAAAAGAAGUUGUUGCGUGACAAGUAUUUAUUAUAAAGCGCCAUAAAAUGUUGCUAAUGUGCAUAUUUAUAAUGGAAAUAUUUGUAUAAAAAGCUUAGUUUUUAAUAGAAAUAACUUUUAAUAAAAAUGAA